GUGGGCGGAGCUAAGCGGCCCCUAUUCUCAUGCAGCCUCGUUCUGAACCAGCGGUAAACCAAACCUUUAGAAGCAUCAGAGAUCGUCUCCGGGUAGAAGAGCCGAGUUUUUCUCCCGUUCUGAAAACUCUCUUUCCCUCAAAAAACUUCUGGCGUGGGGAUCGAACCCAGGACUUUACGUGGAGUAUUGUAAACGUGUCAAGAAGUGACCAUGCGAGCGGCGGAGGCCUGGGUUUUAUACGGGACACUGUUGCUGCGGCUCGCCUCGGCUAUCGGCGUGAUUCUCCCCGAUGUCUACUGGAACAUGUCCAACAACAUAUUUUCUGGCGGAGGGUACCACCUAUCCCCCAAUGUGAAUGACAUGGUGACGGUGUUCUGUCCGCACUACGAAGUAGGGUCUACAGAUCUGGUGGAAUACAACGUUCUAUAUGAGGUUGAUGAGGAUGGCUAUAACCGCUGUGACGCAGAAAGAGGACGUCCACUGUUGAGAUGUGACCGGCCGUACCGCAGCUAUCCGCUCAGUCUGACCAUCUACUUCCAGGAGUUCAGCCCGUCACCGUACGGACUGGAGUUCGAUCGAGGCAGAGAUUACUACUAUAUCUCCACAUCGACAGGGGAGUAUGGGGGCCUGAAUGCCACAGUUGGAGGAAACUGUGUGAAUGGCAUGAAGAUGAAGCUGUCCAUCUGCUGUAAAAGUAACACUUCCGACACCUCUGUGGCUAACACGUUACACCUGGGUGUUUCUUGGUUCUGUGGCUUGUCUGUCGCUGCACUCUUCUUUAACAUGGCAUCUCUCUCUCCCCCCUCACUUUCAGCCACAGAAACACCCAAUGUAGUGGAGGAACAAACCCAGAGAAGAUCGCCCCCCCACAUACCCAGUAAUCGCAUCCCAGAUGCUGAUUGGUCAGAAAGCAGCGACACAAACAACGAAAUAAGCAAAGAAACGGCCUUCCCCAGACCGGACUACGACUUCAGCAGAACGAGCAGCGCCCCGUCGUGGCUAACGGGGAGAGCGGCAUCGUUAACCGCGUCCAUAUUCACAGUCGCACUAGCGUGGGCUCUAACUAGACUAUAGCCCGGCCUCUGGCUGGGAGAUGAAUUUACGACAGAGUCAAUUAUAGAUGGAGUAGGGAUAGGAAUGACCAGGGAGCACUGCAAGGGGAAAUAAAUUAUGGGUCAGCUUUGAGUGUGUUUUGACAGUAAAAACCCUCCACAAUAAAGCGAUAACAUCAGGGUGCCAGGAAAAUGGUAGGGUUAGGUCAAAACUGUACUGGGGUGGGGGGGCUGAUAGUCUUUUUAACCUUCUUCUUACUCCAUUUACCCAUAGCCUUGCAAAUUUGGUACAAAAAUGUUACCUUUGCAUGAGGAAGGUUAAAAUUAUAGGAAAAUCAAUUGGAAGGGGAAAAAGGCAAAGAAAUAAAUCAAAAACUUUGGCAGAUUUGAGUAAAUGAAUAACUUAUUGUUACCCAAUGGGGAUGUAGUGCUACCCGAACAGUGGACCCUGGUCAUUGAAAGUAGGAGGGUAUACGAGGGCUUUUUUGGUACUUCAGAGUAGAUAAAUACAUAUAAUGUUUUCUCGAUAUAAGCUAUUCCUUUCUAUUUAAGCAACCUCCUUGAUUUAAGGAAGAAAAUUGAUAUGUUUUGGAUCUGGUGUUAAUUUUUUUGACAUCAGUGAAUGCAUACCGAAAAACCCCUAAAUGCCCUCAUGUAGACAUUCCCAGUGUGCAGUGAUCUUGUAAAUAGCCUGUAAAUUGUUGUUUCAAUGGUUUGUAUAUUGGUUGUAAGUAUAAAGUGCAGAGAGAGCUCUAUAUUCCCACCAUUUUUUGGGGUGAAAAUUUGAAUGAAGUAGUUUUAGAGAAUGGACAAGAACUGUGGUUUACAUGUAAUACUAUGUAGAUGUAUAGAAGAGAAGUUAAAAGUAUGGAGAUGAUUUGAAAGAGAUUUGCAUAAUUUGAACUGAGAGCCUAUUUGCAAAGGAUCAAGGGAAGGUCUCAAACAGAAUCUCAUUGGUUGAAAGUCAUGUGACACAUGCAAUGCUUGGUGAUGUUUCUAGGGAAAGACAAUUGUAUUUUGCAUGUUACAAAGAUUAUAAAAUAUCAACGUUGUAGUCGCAUAUUGUAUUUCACAAUUGUUUUGAGUUUUGAGAAUUUACUUUUUUGUCAUUUCUGGCUUUAAAGAUGGACCAAAGAACCUACCAAAGCAGUUUUCAAACAUGGUAUCUACUUCACAACCCUAAGACCACAUAACAUCAUGUUAUUUUCUCAAACUGAAGAAAAAAAGAGCAAUGAAGCCUUUUGCUUGUUUAUAUCAUCUGCUCAUAUGAAUAUCUUUGUACGUUUCAACAAAUCAAUGUCCAGGCAGUCCCGAUUAUGGUAUUGGGCAGUUGAUUCUUGAUAGAAAGGAAAAUAUUACUGAUGUUUGAAAUAGUGCCAAGAUGCGAUGCAUAGAAGAAUUACAGUGCAAGUUUGUCCGGAGACUAGGAGAAGGGGGAAUUCUCAACAAAUUCAAGUCAACAAUUUCUUAAAUCAUGUUUGAAAAUAUGGUAAAGUUAUUUUGGUUGUAAAAUACCUACAUUUGUAUUUGAAGUUGGUGUUGUCAGAUCUUUUGUUUCACUAAGUUGACUGAUAUAAUAGUGCGUAUAGUGUGCUACAGUCAAACCUGCUCAAGAAGACCACUCAGGGAACGGAUAAAACCUGGUCUAUGUGGACAGGUGGUCACUAGAGACGCCUGUGUUGAUGGGUAAAAUUAUGUAAGGGACCACCAAAAUUGGUCACAUUGGCUAGGUGGUAACUAAUUUAGAGGUGGUCACUUGUGCAGGUUUGACUGUACAAUUUGGUGUUACUUAAAAAAAGUUGAAUCAGUGAAAUUUGUUGUUUUCUAGACAUUUUCUUCCUGUUGCAACAAUUACCGCAUUUCGCCUGCAAUAGUGAAAAAAGUCGUUGUGGUUGGUUCAAGCUGUCUGUACAAUUGUCUUUAUACAAUAUAUUAUACACUGACUUUCAUAUCAUGUAAUGUAUUAGAUUUCAAUUAGUAGUUCCUCAUUUAUAAUGAUGAUAAAACAAAAGAAGUGGGAAUUCAACUGCAAAAUACAUGAAUACAGAAGUACAGUACAAUGCCCCUCUGUAUAGACUGAAUGACAAUAUAAAUAGAUCCAAUGCUUCAUAGAUUGCAAUGAUGCUAUAAAUCUUGAUACAAGCGAAUAUUUGCAAGUCCGAAAUUGUCGUGUACAUGUAUAUGAUCGUUGUCUGUGACAACAAGUAGAGGUAGAUAUUUCCGCAAUGUUUGUAAAGUAUUUCUAUCAAAUAUGUAUUUCUGUCUGCAAAUAUGGUCGAUUUGUUGUAUCUUCAGUUGCAAAAUAUGUGAAAAUUAUAAAUGAUGCCAUAUAAAAGGAAAA